UUUAAAUCUGACCGCAGAGGGACGCCGUAGUUCUUCCUGCGCAUGCCCGGCGCGCGGCCUUCCAUCCCUUGCUGCCAUUGUCCCCAGCGGGGCGCGAGAGGGAAGAUGUCCGGGGUGCAGGCGGUGCGGAUCAGCAUCGAGUCGGCCUGCGAGAAGCAUGUCCAGGAGGUGGGCCUGGACGGGAGCGAGACCUACCUGCAGCCGCUCUCCAUGUCGCAGAACCUGGCCCGCCUGGCCCAGCGCAUCGACUUCAGCCAGGGCAGCUCCGGCUCCGACGAGGACGAGCCCAGCGCCGCCAACGCCGCUGCAGGGGGCAGAGAGUGGGCCGGAGCAGGAGCAGCCGCCGCCGAGGAGGAGGAGGAGGAGGACGGUUUGGUGAAGUUCCAGCCGUCUCUCUGGCCUUGGGACUCAGUGAGGAAUAACCUAAGAAGCUCCUUGACCGAGAUGUGUGUGCUCUACGACGUUCUCACCAUCGUCAAAGACAAAAAGUUUAUGACUUUGGAUCCAGUUAUUCAAGAGCCGCUUUCCCAAAAGCAGAAUCCUCAGGUUCUGCAACUAGUUUCCAAGAAGAAAUCAUUGGCUGCAGCAGCUCAGAUUCUACUGAAAGGAGCAGAAAGGUUGUCUAAAUCAAUUGCAGAAAGUCAAGAGAACAAGCGACAGAGAGACUUCAACUCUGAAUUGUUACGCUUGAGGCAGCACUGGAAGCUGAGGAAAGUGGGAGAUAAAAUCCUUGGGGACUUGAGCUAUAGGAGCGCAGGAUCUUUGUUUCCUCAUCAUGGUACAUUCGAAGUAAUUAAAAACACAGACAUUGAUCUGGAUAAAAAGAUUCCUGAAGAUUACUGCCCUCUGGAUGUUCAGAUCCCCAGUGAUUUAGAGGGAACUGCCUAUAUCAAGGUAUCUAUUCAGAAGCAAGCACCAGAUAUAGGGGAUCUUGGUACAGUAAAUCUUUUUAAAAGACCUCUUCCAAAAUCAAAGCCAGGGGCUAUGCACUGGCAAACAAAACUGGAGACUGCACAGAAUGUCUUGUUGUGUAAGGAAAUCUUUGCCCAACUGUCUCGAGAAGCUGUGCAGAUUAAAUCUCAAAUUCCUCAUAUAGUUGUGAAGAACCAAAUAAUUUCCCAACCAUUCCCAGGUUUGCAGCUAUCUAUUACUUUGUGUCACUCUUCAGAUGACAAGAAAUCCCAAAAAUCUGCCUCUGAAAAACAAGGUCCAGAGGAUCACCUUUAUGUUCUUGAACAUAAUUUGCACCAGCUGAUCAGGGAGUUUCACAAGCAGACCCUGAGCUCCAGUAUGAUGCCUCACCCAGCAAGUGCACCUUUUGGUCCUAAGAGAAUGAGACUGGCGGGGCCACAAGCUUUUGAUAAAAACGAGAUCAGUUCCUUGCAACCAAGUGAGGGGCUUCUGGAGAAGAUUUUAAAGCAGGCAAAACAUAUCUUUCUGAGAUGCAGAACAGCUCGGACCAUUGACAGCCUUGCCAGCCGUAUUGAAGAUCCCCAAAUUCAAGCCCACUGGUCAAACAUUAAUGAUGUCUAUGAGUCAAGUGUCAAAGUCCUGAUCACCUCCCAAGGUUAUGAGCAGAUAUGCAAGUCCAUUCAGCUGCAGCUGAAUAUUGGUGUUGAGCAGAUCAGAGUGGUACACAGAGAUGGAAGAGUGAUCACACUGUCUCAUCAAGAACAAGAGCUACAAGAUUUUCUUCUCUCUCAGAUGUCACAGCAUCAAGUGCAUGCAGUUCAGCAGUUGGCUAAAGUUAUGGGAUGGCAUGUACUCAGUUUCAGUAACCAUGUGGGUUUAGGACCUGUAGAGAGUAUUGGCAAUGCGUCAGCCAUAACUGUGGCAUCACCAAAUGGAGACUAUUCGAUUUCAGUACGCAAUGGUCCAGAAAGUGGCAGCAAGGUUAUGGUGCAGUUUCCACGAUGUCAGUGCAAGGAUCUCCCCAAAAGUGAUGUGCUGCAAGACAAUAAAUGGAACUACCUUCGUGGCCCAUUCAAAGAAAUUCAGUGGAACAAAAUGGAAGGGCGCAACUUUGUAUACAAAAUGGAACUCUUGAUGGCUGCACUGACCCCCUGCUCCUAGGUCAAACAAUGCACCAAGGAGGACUGUUAUUACAAAUCCAACAGGAAGAUGGCAAAUCGGCAUGCAUAUUUCAGAAAGUGUUUAAACUUGUAUUUUUGUGUUCUGUUAUCAGUUCCAGAUACCUACCUGCAUUUUUUUCGUUACUGAGUUACAUAAUUAGUAAAACAAACUCUUGUGAAUUUGACACCUUCAUGUUCCUGAAUGCAGUUUAUCUUGCAAAUUUGGAAUGUUGCAUUAAACUGCCAUUUUUUUA